AUGGACGUCGUCUGCCAAGCCAAGUCUGGUAUGGGCAAGACCGCCGUGUUCGUGCUGGCUACGCUGCAGCAGAUUGAGCCCGUCGACGGCGAAGUGUCGGUGCUCGUUCUCUGCCACACGCGAGAGCUGGCCUACCAGAUCCGCAACGAGUACGCUCGUUUCACCAAGUACAUGCCCGACGUGCGAACCGGUGUCAUCUACGGCGGUACGCCUGUCGCCGAGAACCAGGCGAUGCUCAAGGACAAGGCCAAGUGCCCUCACAUCCUCGUCGGCACGCCCGGUCGCAUGAACGCGCUGGUGCGCGACAAGAGCCUCAAGGUGUCGGGUGUCAAGCACUUUGUGAUUGACGAGUGCGACAAGAUCCUCGAGCAGGUCGACAUGCGCAGGGACGUGCAGGACAUCUUCCGCGCCACGCCUCACCACAAGCAGGUGAUGAUGUUCUCGGCCACGCUCGCCAAGGAGGUUCGACCGACAUGCAAGAAGUUCAUGCAGAACCCGCUCGAGAUCUACGUCGACGACGAGACCAAGCUGACCCUGCACGGUCUGCAGCAGCACUACGUGCGUCUGGAGGAAGCGACCAAGAACCGCAAGCUCAACGAUCUGCUCGACUCGCUCGAGUUCAACCAGGUGAUCAUCUUUGUCAAAUCCAUCUCGCGCGCCAACGAGCUGGACAAGCUGCUGCGCGAGUGCAACUUCCCCUCGAUCUGCAUCCACGGCGGACUGGCGCAGGAGGAGAGGAUCAAGCGCUACCAGCAGUUCAAGAACUUUGAGAAGCGCAUCCUCGUCGCCACCGACAUCUUUGGCCGUGGUAUCGACGUGGAGCGCGUCAACGUCUCGAUCAGCUACGACACGCCGACGGAUGCCGACAGCUACCUGCACAGGGUGGGUAGGGCCGGUAGGUUCGGUACCAAGGGUUUGGCGAUCAUGUUCGUUUCGAGCGACGAGGACGCCGAGGUGUUGAAGCAGAUCCAGAGCCGAUUCGAGGUGGCUGUGCCCGAGUUGCCAGAGACCAUCGAGGCCAGUUCGUACAUGAACGCUUGA